UGGGGAGACGAUGGGGUUCCGUCGUUGGCUCGAAGAAGACAGACUAGGUUAAUGAUGGAGUCGGGGCCACGAAUAUCAUUUGGGAACUCCAUCGGUCAAUAGGAGACGGGACGAGAGAUUCUAGAAGGCUUGCUGAUCAUGGAUGCCCGUCGUGGUUGUUGUUAUUGUUCAUUUGGCAUUGUUUCAGCUUGGGACGGAGUUAGAUCCGGACAAUAAGAUCGAUCAUAUCGACCAUGAGCCUAUCGCAGUCCCUGGACCUGCUCAUAACUUCAAGACCCCCAAGAACUGCCAGACCUAUAAGAGUCAGGAACUUGUGGGUGAUGGCGUCAAUAGAGGCGACGAUUGUAGUCCGUCCAGUCCGUCCAGUCCGGCCUGGAAGUGGUUUGAUUCUUGGCGACCCCCUGAGCGACCUCACCUUUUGCUUCAUGCAGGUCCGGUCACCUGCUUGGCCCUUGCAAUCAAGAUUCCAGCUCGCAAUGAACGAACGGACGACUUCUCCUGUCCUCUGUCCUCUUGACCAUUCCUCUUGGCCUCUGAGUACUAUUAUUACUCGAGAUCUGACAAUUAAAUCUUCGACGAGGAAGAAGCAGUGGAGCCCAUUAUUUGUCCACUCUCGUGCACGGGCGCCCUUCUUGACCACGACUGCACGCCUCCAGUUGCAAUUGUGAUCGUCAGGGCCUCGCCCGUUUCCUCCCUCCUUUCUCCUGUGACGCACCCCAUUGUUGCCGUUUCCAUUUUUGUUGUUCUCCUCCAUGUCUCAUCUGGCCUCUCGGAACUCUUGACCUUGUUCCUCCCCCCCAAUCCUUUCAGGGCUGUCAUUCCUUUGGCCUCGUCGCGCCCCCCGCCCAAAGAAUUCCACCUAGCCCCUCCUCCUUCUCCCUCCGCCCGAGUCUGUGAACUGCGCUCAAGUUUCAGCCUGUUUGACGGGUUAUUUCAACUUGAAACCUUUCGUCUCCGAUGCGCGCUGGGUAUGGAUUGACUGAUCUAGAGUCUGGAUGAUCUGACCGUUUCGACCCAACUCGAACUUGAGGCGCCUCCCUAGCACUUGUCAACUCAUUGAGAACGACAGACCGGACGACGACCAACGCAAAGAUCCGAUCAGAGCCCUUACCGAAGUUUUGAACCACCCCCCCUCUUCCUACGAUGGCCUUUCGCGGGAAUUUGAGCGAUUGUCGCUCGGUCUCCCACGACACCUUGCGAAGCGGCAUUCCUUCUCCGCGCAUCGAACACUACGACGGCGAAGUCCCUCCGGCGCUGUCGCCCCUGGAUGCAUUCGCUGCCCAAGGCCGUUUUCUCGCUAAACAGUUGGAUGAAUCCCGACGACGAGACCGGCGCAUGAGUCGACUUCCCCCCUCUAGCGUCGCCCGAUCGCUCUCUACUCCCCGUCCUGGCUAUUUUCGCGCCACAUCGAAUGAGUCUCAGGCCGAUAGUCUUACACGAAAGCCGACGUUGAGAGCACACCCGGAUUUCGAAGAACCCAAGUAUCGACCCGUCUCAGAGCACCCCCGCUUCAGCUCCGUCUCGCAUGCCAGCAGCAAUGCCGACACGUACGAUGAUGAGUCCACCCCACGGACGACCAUGGUGCGACCCAGCUCGAGUAUCUACGAUAUACCCCGUGCGGAAUCUCCUGAAAAUGACCCGUCCCUAGCGAGAGGCGCCGAGGGCGGUUCGGCGGGCAACGCCAUGGUCGGCCCCUCGCGCGAGUCGUCCACCGACUCAGUAUCGCAGCUACAAAUUCCGCGCACCCUGGCGCCGCCGGUGUCGCCGCAUUCCCGCUCGUCAAGUAGCACUAGAGUGAUGCAACCGGAGAGCUCGGAUGAUGACUAUAGCAGCUCGAACGCUGGCUCGACGUUCUCUAAACCGCGCAAAUUGUCUUCGGGCAGUGCCGUGUCUUUACCAUACUCACCUAUGUCUACAUAUCCCACUCGGAUGCACCCUCGUUCACCGUCGCUGAGCUCGGAAACCUCGGCCACUGGGCACCUUCCCCGACCCUCGUUCAACUUCUCUCGACCAUUGAGCCGGUCGAGCACCAGUCUGUCCGCCCCAGGCCCGUCUGUAACCUCCGAAUCGAACCCAACACCGGUCGCCACUACUCCUCAGCAGCAGCAUCGGUGGAACCGACAGUCACAUCAUAUGCACCGGCCGAGCAAACCGACGCCAAUCCUGGUCCCAUUGGCGACCGAGGAGGCUGCUGCUACUCACGCAGAGGAAGGAGAGCCUUCGUCUGCAGUAUCCUCGUAUGUGUAUGCCAAAUAUGCACUGCCGCGUGGCCGCAUGGUCUCACGAGACUCGGUCGUUUUCGCUGGCCUACAAACGCCUCAUUUCGAAUGGCAAGAGCCAUUGUUUGAGAAUUCUCCACCCCGGCAUUCCGAAGAGCCGCCACGCUCGGCUCGAACUCCACCUCCCUCGCAUCCCCGCAUGGAGGACUCUCCCAAGCCUCAUUCCAUGUAUGAGGUUUCCGCUCCGACCCCGACCCCGGCCCCGGUCCCCGAGACCAAGAUUGCACCUCCAACACCCAUUUCACCGCCCAGACCCGCUGUCCCCGAAACCAAGCUUGCACCUCCAGCACCCAUUUCACCACCCAGACAUGCUCCGGCUCCCCCUGUGGUCACUCCUCCCCGACCAUCUACCGAGUCCACUCGCCCGAGGACUAGUGACAAGGAUGAGACUAUCUCCUCUGCAGACUCGGCCAGUACUCUUCGCCCACAGACGGCGACCACCCAGGCCACCCAGACACCGCCAACCGCCGUCACACCCGACGAUCAUGUCACCAAGGGUAUUGAGCUGCACGAGGCAGGCUCACUGAAUGAGUCAACUUACCACCUGCGCAUUGCUGCUAAGCAGAACCAUCCCACCGGUAUGCUGCUUUAUGCGCUUGCCUGCCGCCAUGGUUGGGGCAUGCGACCUAAUCAGCAAGAAGGUGUGCGAUGGUUACGCAAGGCAGUUGACUCGGUUGGCUUGGAAAUGCUCGAGAACCCCGACGCUCCAGGUGCUUCCAAGGCCAAGGAGUUGCAAAAGGCUUAUCGGGCCCAGUUCGCACUUAGUAUCUACGAGCUGGGUGUCAGUCAUCUCAAUGGCUGGGGUAUUGAGCAGGACAAGUCCUUGGCUCUGCGAUGCUUUGAGAUUGCCGGUCAAUGGGGCGAUGUGGAUGCCAUGGCGGAGGCUGGAUUCUGCUACGCCGAGGGUGUGGGUUGUAAGAAGGAUAUGAAGAAGGCUGCGCGUUUCUAUCGUGAGGCUGAGUCCAAGGGUAUGAGCAUGGUUGGAAACAGCUGGAUUUACAAAGACAAAUACAUGCCCGACGAUGAACGCCGCGGUGGACGCUCGCGCGGACGGACUGUCAGCAGUGACAAGAAGCCGCGUAGCAAAUCGCGCACUCGCAGUCUCUUCCAGCGGAAGAAGUCUGUUCCCGAGGCAUAGAUUGCCUCUGAUACAUAAGAGGUCUCCCCCCGCCUUAUCUCAUCUAUCCUUGUCUUUUGACAUGUGUGACUUGCAUAUUGCCCCUCAAGGCACUGUCCCUCAUUCAUCUUGCAUUUCGAAACAAUGCGUUUGUGGAGCGUUCUGAGCUGAAACACUUGGUUUGCUUCAAACCCUUUCUUUUGAGAUGCCGUUUUGAGUCAUUUGUUUGAUUACUUUACACUCCUUCAGAUCCUUCUUUUUCCUUUCUUCAUUUCUUGCCAUCUACUAGCCAUUUCUUCCCCCUAUUCUUUUCUGUUAUAUCCCCAAACUUUUUUUACCUCAGCCGCCUGGGCAGCUUUUCUCGAGCAUGGUGGAUGAAUCGUUGAUUCCUUUCACCUGCCUCGCGGGCAUAAUUUUUCAAUUCUCCGUGGAUACCCUUCGAUUUGCUCUUCUUAUUUUAUCCUCUUCUUCUAUCCUCGGACCUCAAGGCCGAACUCUUUUCUGAUUGCCUUCAUUAACACCACCAUUUUCCUUUCUUGACCAUAUCUUUUUGUGGGAUUGAUCUCUCCCUCUUUUUUUUUUUUUUUUUCUAUUUUUGGACAUUGUUUUUCCCAUCAUACUUAAAUUUUCUCCAUUAUGUGCAUUCCAUUCUGGCAGACUUUUUUGUGUAUCGUGCAGGAAGCCACGAGCUCGUGUCAUGACUUGUAAUCCAGGCCGUGUAUCUUGCGUUGACAUCAUUUCUUGCUUAGUGUCAUUAUCUACUAGUUACCCGAAGAGCCGUCGACCAUCGAGAUCGUCUUGGACCCGUUUAGGUCCGGUUGGAUUGUUUUUUUUAUUGGAUUCAUUUUGUAGCCAUCUAUGAAGGGCUGAUGCUCUAUCUGAUCCAGA